AUGAAAAAACGAUAUGGGAAUAUUCGAAUUCCACAAAAAUUCGUAUUAGUGGUUAAAGACGAUCAAGGUAAUGAAAGGAUGAUCGAUGACGACGAUACUGAUUUAGAAGCAGAAAAUCUAAAAUUAAAGAAACAAAUUGAAGAAGUACAAGCCUUUGCAGACGAGAAUGACGAUCUACACGAAAGCUUAAACAGGUAUUCGAGAAUCCGUCUGCCUAAAGCCAUUCAUAGGCAGACGGAUCUCGAACAGCCGGCAAAACGUCAAAAAAGAAUUAAGACAAAAAAGUCCGAGCGAUACGAGGAAGAUUCGGAGAAAGAACGGUCUGGUUCUAACAAUAAUGAUGAGUACGACAAAAAAGAAGCUAGGGCUGAAAUGAAGUCUAUUUUGAAAACCAUCGAUGAAACUCGAGGACUAGAUUACAAUGAAACGUUCAAUAGCGAGAAAAAUCUCAAGAUUCGUCAUAAGCUAGUCCCUGAAUUGCGUUCAGCCCUUGCUCCGUAUUUUCCCGCUUCGAAUAAGCAACUUACAAAAUGGUUGGGUUGUCUCCACAAGUCUCGUCAUUCUCAUCAAAGAUUAAUGGAUAGGGGAAAAGCCGAUGAAAAUAAACACCGGGUGCACUCAAACAAUCGAGUAAAAGACAAGAAAAUCAGCCGAAUUAAGGCGGCAAAGAGAUUAUAUAGUUUUGACGAUGAACGGAUAACAAAAUAUGAUAAGCGUAGAUUACUAAAGAUGUUAUCCAAUCGCUUAUUUCAUUCUCCAGAAAUAAGCGAGACAGAUGAAGAAGACCCAACAAAACGAAUCGCUGGAUUUAAUUUUUAUAUUUUAUUGUUUCUUCAGCUUAAAAAUUUGCUACGAAAUGUACUCGAUGUACACUCGUCAAAUAAGUCGAAAUUAAUACGCGAACGUAGAUACGACGACGAGGGUUUAAUCACUGAAUAUGAUGAAGAAAAAGAAGAAGUUAGUAGAGGGACAACACCAGCAACUGGCAACACCACCGAAAAUGAUGAAGACCAUAACAAGGAAGAAGAAGAAAAACCAUCAAAAUCAACAGUCGGUGACAAUCAUAAUAAUUCAGAUUCUGAUUUACAUAUGGACGACGCGCAAUGAACGAAUCUGAAUUAAUUUGGUAGAAAACUUUCUUUUUUUCGUCAAAAAUCUAUAUAUAUAUGUAAUUAAUAUUCCAAAUUAUUAGUAUUAGAAUUUUCCAUAAUUCAAAAUAAAUUUGUCUUAAUUCAGAAAAAAAUUAAUUACAAUUCGAAAUAAAUUUACUGCAAAUUUACCGCAAUUCAGAAUAAAAUUUACUGCAAAUAUACCAUAAUUCAGAAUAAAAUUUACUGCAAUUCAGACGCAAUUCAGAAUAAAAUUAACCGCAAUUCA